AUGGCGGGGCCUACAGUCGAGCUCUUUAGCACCUCGAUCCUGUCCAACGUCAAGGUUCGCACACGCCAUGAGCGCUACACAUCGGUGCUGGCCAUCAAGAAGAUUCCUUACGUCUACCACGAUCUCGCUUCGGAUGAAGAUGCCAAGAGCAGAUGGCGACGAAAGACGAAAGAUCCACAGCUUCCCGGUAUCUUGGUCAACAACGAAUGGGUCGGUUCGUACGACGAUUUUGAAGAGGCGGUCGAGUUUGGCGAGCUUGAGCUCUUCCUCGGCGUUUCUCCGGCGACUGCACCAACGACACCGCCUGCGCCCCAUCCCGCACAAUCUGCAGUGAGCUCGAAAGAUCCAAGCCUAUACCCGACGCUCCCCUACGCUGCUGAAGGUGCAGGACGCUGGAAGGAGCCCGAUGCAGACGACUUUAUUUCAUCUCUCAACAUCAAGGAAGACGAGCUGACAGACGCUGACGUCGAUGCCAUGCUCGCAGACAUCGGCAAGCUACCAUCAGCGCCUACGUCGUCUACCACCUCGGACAAGAAGUAUGUACCGUCCAAGGAGGCUGCCAUCAAGCCUUUGCGAUUUGCCAAGAUGGGACCGACGACAUCACAUCAAAGAAUGCCGUCUGCUUCGCCGAGUCCAUCGUCUGCCAGCGCAGGCGUACGGGCUUCGCCCAUUGCGCGGUAUUCGGCAACCCAGAGAUCGACGCGAGCUUUGGCGGCGGAAGCAGCUGCGCUCACUUCGAACCGAAAGACGUCUGGUGCGCUGCUGCGUGAUGCUGUAUCUCAAGGCAAGAAUCUCGAUGACGCCAUGGAACAGAGUCGCAUCAAGCAGAUUGUGAGCGAGGAUAACAUCGACGACCUGUUUGCGUCUCUGGGACUUAGCAAUGUGGACAUCGGAGAUGACGAGGUAGAUCAGUUCCUGGAGCAAGGGGAGAUUCCGCAAGGGCUUCGCCUGGGCGGUGAUCGUGUACAUCGCUCGACGUCGAUAGCAGAUAAGGCGAGAGAUCAGACGGUGGCGAGGGACUUGGCGCGCAAAGCGAGGGAGAAAGGACACAGUUCGGCUCGUUCCAGUCUUAGCAACGUUGAUUCAAAGCUUGCAGGACUCGAGCCCGCAAACGUCAUCGGAUUGGCAGCCGAUGAAAGUUCUGCUGACGUUGCGACGACAUCAGAGAGCACUUCGCUCCCGUCUUUGCAAGGGUCGGCCGGUGCCGAAGUUACUUCAUCAGAAGGUGCUAAUGCGGAGUCGGACGAGACCAACCAGCCACUAGAGACCAGCACAGACCUGCUUGAUACACGCAUAGCAUCAGAAUGUGGACAGAAUCCCGAUCAGGCGCCCUUGGUCGAGGCUGUAGAGGACAAGACGCGAGACUCAUCAGCUGCAACUGCUGACAGCGCCAAUAGGGACACUGCCACAGAGCAGCAAGAGUUAGAGACCGUAUCCAAUCAAUUAGUGACUGCCGAAAGCAAAGCUGCAGAGGUGGAAACAGUAGACGGAAAGGCCUUACAGAAGUCCGUCUUGACGGCAAUUUUGAGCACAUCCGAGUCGCAGGAGAUAGGACAAGUUGAGCAGGAUGACAAAGACACGGCGGAAGAGCCGACGGCAGUUGAGUCGACUGUAGACGCGUCGAACGGAUCAGAGGUCGAUGCUGACAGUCACCAAAGGGCAUCGGAAGUUCCGACCACAGAAGAAGGUCUGACGAGCAAGGAUGAUGACGAGAGCAACGCCCCGGUCAAGGCAGCCGACAAGGACCAGUCGAACGGCUCAAACAGCAACAAGAUUGACACGUCGGCCUCGUCAUCGGCGGAAACAGAGUCAAAGUCAGUGCCCACUAUCGUCCAAGAAGAAAAGCUCGCUUCCCAUGACGAGAGUGUAGAUGCAGCAGGCUCCAACAAGAUCGGCGAAGAUCUGACGCCAACGAAAGACACGGUGCAAGAUCCGUUGAAGUUUGCAGACUCAUCCCGAUCCGAAGCGCUCCCGAUAGCUUCCAGAGAGACAGACGGAUCAGACGUCGACGCUGCUUUUGAAAACGAGCUGGCACAGGCAGCGUUGAUCGCCUCUCGUUUCGAAGAUCGCAAGACGGCAUUUGCGACCGACACAGAGCUAGCGAAGCACAGUGAAGCCGUCGCCGACAAUAUCGACGUGACAGGUCCGGCGGAUCCUGCAGCCACAGCCACUGCUUCAGCCACAUCGCCAGUGCGCUCCAGCUCGAUCAGCUGCGGGUUGGAGAGCAUGGAAAGGGAAGAUAAGCCACGAGACAGGACAUCAAGCGCAGCAGCCGGCCAAAGGCGGACCUCCUCAUCUCAACAAGCGUCAUCUUCGUCGCGCAGAGUCAUCGAUGUACCGAGGCCCAUAGAUCCAGCGACUGCAGUUUUACAUCCUUCGAUACCGCCUCACAACCUCUCCGAUUCUUCGCCGUCGCCCGAUACCAUGGCGAAAAAGAAGAAGAUGGGCAUUCUCGGAUUUGGCCGGGACAAGAACAAGGACAAGGACAAGGACAAGGAUACCGCUAGCGGGAAAAAGGCAACACCAAGUGAAUGGCGACAGGAGCGAACCAUCUCACAGAUUCUCAGAGAAGCGGACGCGGUGCUGCAGUCGGACGAUUACCAGGAUGGCUCGCAUAAAGGCGACGACGACGAUGUAGACACGGCGGAUUCGGCCAUGGUCUUUGGAGUUUCCAGCAUUGACAUUGAAGCCGCUUCCAUUCCGGCGUUGAGAAACUCUUGA